CUGAAGGGUUAAGAGAUUGGGCGUCUGAGCCUCGCGGGGCUUCAGUGGUGGCGGGCACAGGUUUGCGGGAGUCAGUGGCACGGUCUCUGAAGAAGAUAGAUUGGGAGUGUGUGGGAAUCAAUAAACGCGGGUUCUGUGAAAUGUCUUGAUUUGCAGGGUGCAUAGUGGUCAGUUACAAUGGUCUGGGGUCAAGUGGGAUUUUUCAGACACGGGUUUGCAGAGCUUUAGGGUUAAUGACCGAAGCCCGAGAGGAUCAGUGAUUGGAGGUUCUAAGUUUUGUGGGCAGUAAUAGUUUGGAUACUAGAAUUGGUGACUGUGGAAACUUUGGUGUCCAAUUAUGAGGGGGGGUCAGUGGGGAUUAAUGUUUGGAGAAAUGUUUUGGGCCACUGGUGAUUGAGACGUCCUUCAUAUUAUGGGUGGAGGAUCGGAGAGUAUUAAUGAUUGGACUUUUGUAGAUCAGGGAAUGGAGAAUAGAGUCAAGUGUGCUUAUCUUAAAGGUUCUUUCUGGCAAAGGUAAUGACAUAUGCAUCUGUGACAGCAUCCCACGAGUAAGCCUGGUUUCUGGAAAUCCAUUCUGACUCUGUGACAGCUGGGAUAGAUGUGACCUUGCUUGUGGUUAGAAAACAAAUUUACUGGGUGAGGAAACAGGCCUAGAGAGGCAAAGUGUCUAGCCCAGAUUCCCUCAGUCAGAGGAAUUACUUGGCCUCUAGCUUGUAUCUGAGUCAUUCCCUGGCUCAGGGAGUGACUCAGACACAAGGGUCUUUGUGGAAGUUCCCCCUGCCCCAGUCCCAGAGCAGAGCCAUUGCUCAGGUCUUCUGGGUGCCUUGCAGACCUUUGGCUCCUACCACCUUGCUGCAUGGUAGGGCUCUCUAGCCACAGGACCUUGGUCAAAACAUCUACAGAAGGCCCUGCCAAGCCCUGCAGGUUCCAAUCCAGGAUCAUAUGCUGCCUUUAGGUGAUACAUCCCUUUAGUCUCCUUUAAUCAAGAGCAGUUUCUCAGUCUUCGUCUUCCAUGAGGUCAUUUUUGAAGAGUAUAGGUGUCGCAUCUUUUUCCAAGAACAGCAGAAAAUGAUCAACUACCAGACACCUGUGUCAUUCAGAGAUGUGGUUGUGGGCUUCACCCAAGAGGAGUGGCACCGACUGAAUCCUACUCAAAGGGCUCUGUACCGGGAUGUGAUGCUGGAAACCUAUAGCAACCUUGUCUCAGUGGGUUACGAAGGCACCAAACCAGAUGUGAUCCUCAGGCUGGAGCAGGAAGAAGCACCAUGGAUUGGUGAAGCAGCAUGUCUGGGCUGCCACUGUUGGGAAGACAUCUGGAAAGUUAAUAUCCAGAGGAAAAGACGGCAAGACGUGCUUUUGAGGCAAGGUGCAGCCAUAAACAAGAAAACACUGGCCAAGGAAAAACGCCAUGACUAUAAUAAGUUUGGGAAAAUAUCACUUCUGAGCUCUGAUCUUUUUUCUUCAAUCCAGAGCCCUGAUAACUGGAACCCUUGUGGAAAGAAUUUGAGCCAUAAUUUAGACUUGAUUGGUUUUAAGAGAAACUGUGCAAAAAAGCAAGAUGAGUGUUACGGUUAUGGGAAAUUGCUUCAGUGUAUAAACCAUGGUAGACGACCUAAUGGAGAGAAGCCCUGGGGAUGCAGUCAUUGUGAGAAAGCUUUCACCCGGAACCCAGCACUUAUGUACAAACCAGCAGUAAGUGAUUCUCUUGUGUACAAACGGAAGAGGGUUCCACCUACAGAAAAACCCCAUGUCUGUAGUGAGUGUGGGAAAGCCUUCUGCUACAAGUCUGAAUUCAUUAGGCAUCAGAGAAGUCACACUGGGGAAAAGCCUUAUGGGUGCACUGACUGUGGGAAAGCCUUUUCGCAUAAGUCAACCCUCAUCAAACACCAGAGGAUUCACACUGGGGUAAGACCCUUUGAAUGCUUUUUCUGUGGGAAAGCCUUCACCCAGAAGUCACACCGCACAGAACAUCAGAGAACACACACAGGAGAGAGACCCUUUGUGUGCAGUGAAUGCGGGAAAUCGUUUGGUGAGAAGUCAUACCUCAAUGUACAUCGAAAAAUGCACACAGGAGAAAGACCCUAUCGUUGCAGAGAAUGUGGAAAAUCCUUCAGCCAGAAGUCAUGCCUCAAUAAACACUGGAGAACCCACACGGGAGAGAAGCCCUAUGAGUGCAAUGAAUGUGGGAAAGCCUUUUACCAGAAGCCAAACCUCAGCAGACAUCAGAAAAUUCAUGCUAGGAAGAAUGCCUACAGGAAUGAAAACUUAAUAAUUGUGGGAAAUCCUUGAGCAAGAUAUCUGGUUUCAUUGUAUGUAGGGAAUUUAUCUUACUAUUUUAAUGAAGUUGGACAGUGUUUUAUUAUCAUGGAAAUCAUGAUCUAAUUGUGAUACAGACUUUUCUAGAAAAUACUUUAUAAAACAUAAGCAUGGUCACCCUGGCAUGUAAAUGUUUAAAAAUGUAUUAUAUGGAAUAACAACAGAAUACAAAAUAUCUGUAAAGAGACUUAAAGGCAUACGAUGGCAUAUUCCACAGUGAGCCAUACAAUCAGCACUAUUUUUAUUUUGGAAUUGUAAAUAUGAAUUUAACAUAAAAUGUGAAUAUCAGACACGUGUCACAUAAUAUAGAGAAUGCCAUUCACAAAAAUUUUUCACUUUAAAUAUCAUCAUUGCCUUUUGAUGUCUUAACAAUACAAAAAAAUAACAAUAAUGACAUGGCCCACUGUUUUUUUUUUAAAAACUUUAUUAUACCAGCUACAUUUUCCCACCUUUUUGUAAUGCAUGUAAAUGGCUAUAGAGGUUGUUAUCAUCCUCUGCAGAAUAAUAAAGCAGUGUUUUUAAAAUGUAUUGUGAUAAGUUGGCAAAAAGCUUUACUAAAAUAUAGUUAUUCAUAUUGAAAAUGCAAAGCUAAGGAACAGCAUAAGAACCUGAUGUUGGGUAAAUGAAACACUGUAGACUUGACAGCCCAGCACACUCAAUAUUGAUGAAUUGUAGCAUCACCCUGGUAUAUAGUAUACUGUUCAUAUUUUCUUGGUCUUGCUGAAAAUGUCUUACAGCAAAUUAAUAGCAUGGAAACGCUAUUCUAUACAGGUUGUAAAACUCAGAAAUGUUUCAUGCACAGACCACUGAAGGAGAAUUUCUUUUCUUUCUCUCUUUUUGCAAAUUAAUUCAAGAACAUUCUUUUUUUCUUAUAAAUUUCCAUGCAAGUGUCCUGGACACUAAAUCCCAAUGUUUUUAUUAUUUCAAUGUUUGAAGAGAAGUGUGCAUCCCUGAGUUGCCAUGUCAUCCACAUAAGAAAAUAAAUGGCCACGUGGAAUCUACAUUUUUAAAGAUUUGCCUCCAUAUAGGAUUGCCUGAUUCCGAAUGAGAAAGGAGACAUAACCACAGAUAUCAAUACAAUUUUUAAGUGAUAAAAAGAUACCUCAUAUAACUCUAAUCAACAUAUUUUUUAAACAGAGGAAGUGGAUGCUUUUCUUGUAAACUUUAAGUUAUGAAAACUGCAAUAAAAAGCAGAAAACUUGGUAGAACAAUUAUCACUGAAAAACUCAAAAAAGUGAUUACAGAUCUAUAAUGGGAAAUUGAGCGAAGCUCAGAUGAUUUCAUGCUUAGUUCUAUCUGUCUCUUAAAGAAAGUAAUACCAGUGUUAUUUAUUUUCUAACUUUUAUUUUAUUGUUAUUUUUUGAGAUGGAGUUUCACUCUCGUUGCCCAGGCUAGAGUGCAAUGGUGUGAUCUCAGCUCACUGCAACCUCCGCCUCCCAGGUUUAAGCAAUUCUCCUGCCUCAGCCUCCCAAGUAGCUGGGAUUACAGGCGUGUGCCACCACACCUGGCUAAUUUUUGCAUUUUUAGUAGAAAUAGUGUUUCACCAUGUUGGCCAGGCUGGUUUCGAACUCCUGACCCCAGGUGAUCCACCCGCCUUGGCCUCCCAAGGUGCUGCGAUUACAAGCAUGAGCCACCGUACCCAGCCAGUACCAGUGUUAUUUAUUAUAUGGAUAUAAUACAAUCCAUAAACUGUGCUGCUUGUUUGUUUUAUGAAGUCAGAAUAAGUGUUAACACCAAAAUCAAAUACAGAUAUUUGAAAAAAAGAAAACUUCAGACCAGGCUUACUCAUGAAUAUAGAAACAAAAAUUAUAAAUAAAAUACUAGCAAAUAGAAUUCAGCCAUAUACCCAAAGAUUGGUAUAGUAAGAAUCAUCCUAGGAAUGCCAAGCUAGUUCAGUAAUAGGAAAUACUUCAAUAAAAUUAACAACUUAAAGGAGAAGAAUCAUAUGAACUAUCAACAGAUAAGGAGAAAGCAUUUCAUACAAUGUGUUAAUAUACAUUGUAAUAGAUGGUAACUACUUAAAAAGUUUUUUAAAAAAAAUUUAACUGAAACCUCAUAGCAUAUAUUAUGCCAAAGGCAUUUUUAAAAAUCAGGAAUUCAGUAUUGUCUUAGAGGAUCCAGUGAAGGCAAUAAAAAGAAAUGAAUUGUUAUAAGCUGCAGAAAAGGUAAAACUAUCCAUUUGUACUGAUAAUAUGGUUGUACACCAAUAAAUGACAAGACUAAUUAUUUUUUGAGUUAAGCUAACUUUUCUAACAAGGCAGGGUACCAAAAUCAAGAGCCAUUCUCCGUGCUGACAAGAAACACCUAAUAAUUGAUAUGUACUUCUUUUGGAAGUACACUAAAUCUCAAUGAUUACUUUUUGAAAAUCAUUGAGAAAAAAUAUGAAAAAACUCAUACCAUUUCACAAAACAUCAUGUGUACCCAAUAAAUAAUACAAUUAUAUAUCCAUAAUAAUUAAACAUUUUAAAAAUGUCAUGCUAGAUAUCAGAAGAUAACUUGAAGUCAUUCUAAUGGAAUUAAUACUGUAUUGGCAAGAAACAGGUAAAUAAUGGAACACAGCAGAAAAUUCAGAAAUUGAUAUAUAUGGAUUUUUUCAUAGGUGAAAAAGGUGGAAUCUCAAACCAUAGGGCAAAAGAGUAGUUUACUUAAAAAGAAUUCUGGAACAAUAACUUUUUAAUCUUGAAGGAAGAAAAGUUAGAUUAACAGCACAAAAGUAAAUUAUGGGUGGAUUUAAGACAAAAUUUUCAAACAACACAAUUCUUAAAAGAAAAUCAAAGGAGCCUACAUGUACAGUCUAGGAGUUGGGAGAGACUAACUUUACCAACACAGGACACUCAGAAGCUACUUAGAAAUAAACAUUUGAAGACCGGGUGCGGUGGCUCUUGCCUGUAAUCCCAACACUUUGGGAGGCCAAGGUGGGCAGACCACCUAAGGUCAGGAAUUUAAGGAUAGUCUGGUCAACAUGGUGAAACCCUGUCUCCAAUAAAAAUACAAAAAUUAAGCAUGAUGGUGCAUGCCUGUAGUCCCAGCUGCCUGAGAAGCUGAGGCAUGAGAAUUGCUUGAACCGGGGAGCUAGGGUUUGCAGGGAGUUGAGAUGGCGCCAUUGCACUCUAGCCUGGGCAACAGAGCAAGACUCCGUCUUAAAAAAGUAAAUAAAUGAAAUAAACAUUUGACUCCCUAAAAGGCACAAUCUUUUGAGUGACAAAAGAUGCCAUAAACAGGCCGAGCGCGGUGGCUCAAGCCUGUAAUCCCACCACUUUGGGAGUCCGAGGCGGGUGGAUUACGAGGUCAAGAGAUCGAGACCAUCCUAGUCAACAUGGUGAAACCCCAUCUCUACUAAAAACACAAAAAAUUAGCUGGGCAUGGUGGCACGUGCCUGUAAUCCCAGCUACUCAGGAGGCUGAGGCAGGAGAAUUGCCUGAACCCAGGAGGCGGAGGUUGCGGUGAGCCGAGAUUGCGCCAUUGCACGCCAGCCUGGGUAACAAGAGCGAAACUCCGUCUAAAAAAAAAAAAAAAGCCAUAAACAAAGCCAAUAGAUAAUAGAUUGUGGGAAAAUAUUUGUAGAGCUGAUCAGAGAGAAGGCACUCAUCAAAUGGACAGGAAAAAAACCCAGUAGCCAAACACGGCAAAGAAUAUGAGGUGACAGAUGUGAGAUGAGCAAAUAUAAGUGGCCGAGGGACCUGUCCAAAAAUGUUUAUCCGCAGUAGUCAUUUGGCGAUGCAGAUUUAAAGUUAAAAUCAGAUAUCACUAUGUAACAGUGUUUUUAGCUGUCAGAACAAAAGAUGUUAUACAUUGCUGGUGGAGAAAUAAAUUCUGAAAAGUAAUAUAAAUUACUCUUUUGGAAAGAAAUCUGGUAAUAUUUAGGCUGGUGCGGUGGCUCAUAUCUGUAAUCCUAGCACUUUGGGAGGCUGAGGUGGGCAGAUCGCCUGAGGUUGGGAGUUCAAGACCAGCCUUGCCAGCAUGGUGAAACCCUGUCUCUAUUAACAAUGCAAAACUUAGCCAGGCACAGUGGCAGAUGCCUGUAACCUCAGCUACUCGAGAGGCUGAGGCAGGAGAAUCGCUUGAACCCAGGAGGCAGAGACUGCAGUAAGCCGAGAUCACACCAUUCACUCCAGCCUGGGCAACAGAGUGAGACUGUGUCUAAAAAAAAAAAAAAAAAAAAAAAAUCUGGUAAUGACUAAAAUACUUUGGUCACUUUGGAGAAUCUUCCCUUAGAAGUAAAAGCCCCAAUACGUAAAAGACGGAUGAACUUGUGAACAUGGACAUUUAUUGUAAAAUUGUUCCUAAUGGCAAAACAAAACAAAACACCAAUGCGAAAACUAGAAUCAGAAAAAAUCCCCAUCAGUUGGGAAAUUGGAGGAAGGGAAGAACUAUAGUAUAUCCAUUCUGUAGAAUGUUGAUAUAGCCAUUAAGGUGGACAGAUUAAAACUAUGCUAGAGGCCGGGCGUGGUGGCUCAAGCCUGUAAUCCCAGCACUUUGGGAGGCCGAGACGGGUGGAUCACGAGAUCAAGAGAUUGAGACCAUCCUGGUCAACAUGAUGAAACCCCGUCUCUACUAAAAAUACAAAAAAUUAGCUGGGCAUGGUGGCGCGUGCCUGUAAUCCCAGCUACUCAGGAGGCUGAGGCAGGAGAAUUGCCUGAACCCAGGAGGCGGAGGUUGUGGUGAGCCGAGAUCGCGCCAUUGCACUCCAGCCUGGGUAACAAGAGUGAAACUCCGUCUCAAAAAAAAAAAAAAAACUAUGCUAGAAUACUUGAGUGGAAUUCCACAAUGUUCUCUUGAGUGGAAAAUGCAAGAUAGUAAGUUUGUUAAAUAUGACUCCAUUUUUGUAAAUGGCUAACAAAAUGUCUCUAGGUGUUUAUCAGCAAUAAACAGGUAUCUAUAUAUGUUUAUUUGAUUUUAUGUGCAUGGAGAAAAAUAUAGAAGAGUAUGCAUUGACUUGGAGGGAGGUGGGUAAUGCAGGUAGGGUAUGGGAGAGUUAGGGGUAUAGGGAAAAGGAAAACCAAGAAAAGGAAAAUACAUAAAUGACUGAAUCAUGUGUGAUACCACAAAUGUGUAAGUUAGUAGAUUUGGCUGGGAAUGGGGAAGCUAGAAUUCUGCUAAUUUGUGGGGAUGUUCAUGGUAUAUAUCGUUAAUUGAAAAGGGUACAUUUCAUAAUACUGUUUAUGAUUCUAUUUUUUUUAAAGUUAAAACUCCUAUGUGUGUAUAGAUGCAUGUGGAAGUUUAUGUGAAUGAGAAAAGUGUAGAAAAAUAUACAUGAAAGUGUUAACAUUCAGUGGUUUCCUUGGUGGAGAAGGCUAAUAAGUUGUGUAAAUACUUUUGCAUUGUAUAUUACUUUUGAAAUUUGAAAAACAUAAAAUAAAGGGGGAAAACAUUUCAAACGAAA